AUGUGUGAAGAUUUAAAUCCAAGGUAAUCCUAAUUGUAUUACAUAGCUGUAAUUAUAAACAUUGUCGUUCUUUUUUUCAGAUUUCCUUUGAAGAAAUGAAGUGGAGUAAAUCUCAUCUACCAUUUCUUACUACUAUUUUUCAUCUAGAAGAUGAUGUUGUUUAUUUAAGCAAAAAAUAAUAAGUUAAGAGAAGAACUUAAAAACUUUUAGAUCAGUAUUUAUAUUAUAAGAAUAAAAAUGUAAAAUAAAUCAAUAAAUAUUUAGGAAAAAUUUGUUUGGAUCAAUUACGAAAAUGCCAUUAUAGAAUUAAUAUCAGAUCCUGAAUUGGGAAUGGGAGUUCGCUUGACAAAAUGUUUUGAUAAAGUUGAAUUUUAUGGAAAUGCUAAUAAUUGGUAUAAAUUUAUGAAAAGGUUUGCCGUUUAAUAUGAUUUCUAUCGUUAUUAUACUCCUAUUAAAAAACUUAACAAAAUUAAAUUUGGAGAAUAAUUUAAAGGGAAAAAUAAAUUAGAUAGUUUAGAUUAUAUUAUUAAAAUAUACUAAAAAUCAUCUAUUUAUGAUGAUGAGGAUAGAUAAUAAUUCUUUAGAGAAAUCUCAGUGAUUCGUUAAUUACAAACUGAUCUAACAAUGAAAUUUUUUGAUCUAUUCGAAAGUCAAGAUCAAAUUUUUGUGAUUGUCGAAAAUUUGCCAUCACAUAAUUUACAAGAUUAUGUAAUAAAAAAUCCUUUUUUUUCAGAAGAUAAAGCUGCAAAAGUGAUAUUUAGAGUAAUUAAAAUAAUUGCUUAUCUCCAUUCAAAAAAAAUAAUGCAUAGAGACAUUAAACUCGAAAAUUUCAUCUUCAGAUAAAUAGAUAAUUUUGAUAGUUUAUGUUUAACUGAUUUUAAAUUAGCUGAAUUUCAUGAUGAAGAUGGAAAUUAUUAAUUUAAACGAUGUGGAACUGUUGGAUAUGUUGCCCCUGAAAUCUUAGCAGAUUAGAAUUAUGAUCUAUAAGUGGAUGUUUAUAGUGUUGGUAUUCUCUUAUAUAUUUUAUUUACUGGAAGAGAGCCAUUUGAUGGAAAUUAUUAAGAAAAAGUGAUAUAAAAUUUAAUAGGUUUUAUUGAUUUUUAAGAUCUUAAGGUGAGUAACUUAGCUUUGGAUUUACUUAAAGGUCUUCUCAAAUUAGAUCCAUAAGAAAGACUUUCUUCUCAUUAAGCCUUAAAUCAUAAAUGGUUUUAGAGAGAAAAAUUAAUAAGGGCAUUAAAAUAAUAAAUUAAAUUUACAUUGUAAAGCAAAAAUAAACCUUAUUAAGUCAAAGCAUCUUUUAAAAAAUCACUAACAGUCUUACCAACUAAUAGUAUUCCUCAACUUCAAAGUCCAUUAAGUUUUAGACUUAAAACAUUACCAAAUCCAUAACCAUUUGAAAGAGUUCAUCUGCCAGAAAUUUAUAGAAGAGCAACUCACUUACUUCCUUCUAAUUCUAUAUUAUAUGGAAGAGUUAAAUGA